CGUCACCACUCCUCGACAUCACAACCGCCCCCGUCGCCGCAUCCACGACUCCCGUCCAUCUCAAUAAAGAUCUCGACAACCUUCUAGACGUCUCGUCGAACACAUACAUCACCGCAAAGAUGGUCUCCGAACUUUGCCCCGUCUAUGCUCCCUUCUUCGGCGCGAUGGGCUGCACGUCAGCUAUCGUCUUCGCUUGCUUUGGCGCGGCCUACGGAACCGCGAAGGCCGGUGUUGGUGUUUCGGCCAUGGGUGUCCUCCGCCCUGACCUGAUUGUCAAGAACAUUAUUCCCGUUGUCAUGGCGGGUAUUAUUGGUAUCUACGGUCUCGUCGUGUCCGUCCUGAUUUCCAACGGUCUCUCACAAGAGUCUUCGCUCUUCGCCAACUUCAUCCAGCUCGGCGCCGGUCUCGCCGUCGGUCUUUCCGGUAUGGCCGCUGGUUUCGCCAUCGGUAUCGUUGGUGACGCUGGUGUACGAGGAACUGCCCAACAGCCCAGGCUGUUCGUCGGAAUGAUCUUGAUUCUCAUUUUCGCUGAAGUUUUGGGUCUUUACGGACUCAUUGUUGCCCUUCUCAUGAACUCCAAGGCUAGCGACGCCCACUGCUAGACGAUUAAGCACGUUCGAUUGCAGAUACGACAAUACACAACUGCAACAAACAAAUAACGGCAUCGAUACGCAAAGUCGUUCAGCGAUCUACGCAUAUGACGCGCAAUACUCACAUGCGCGGCAUGUCUCACGUCUCCAUGUACUAUUCGAACGGACGGACAACGAGGGCUUCGAAGUUGGGAAGCGAGGUGGUAAAUAAUGGCAUCGGUUGAGGUGCACUUGCGAUCCAUUUGACGGCGUGUAUUUUAGGGUCUCAUCAAUUUCAUUCUGCGCUUGUAAACGAAAUGCAUUGGUUUCAUUUAGA